CUUAAAAGAUGGGGUAAAUAUCCGCAAACAGAAUGUGCUGGCCACUCCCAAGCCAAAAAUGUAAUCGGCAAGAUGGACAAAUUCCGGGCAGAUCCGACCAGGAAGCAACUGUUGGGAGAAGAAGGGGUUUAGAGUAGCAACUGUUGGUGAUGACGCUCCGUAUCAUGCCGCAACCGAGUCUAACAAGGACCGGCCAAAGUGGCCUCAAAUCUGGAACAAAAACCCGUCCGUUCACGCAACAUAGCGGAUUCUACAUCAUGUUGGUUCCGGAUGUUAGUAUGUGUAACUCUAGUCUAGAAUGAUAUCAUAAUCCACUGUUCGUUUCCUUCAAAAGCGAUUUGCAGCAUCCAUCUAUUCCACCGGCAGACCAACCAACAGAAAUCCUACAUCAUCAUGAAGAUUGUCAACCUCAUUCCAGUCAUUUCGGCCCUUCUUCUUGUGUCUGGUGUAUCUGCGCGACUGAAUAUGGCAAGAAAGAAGCAAAGGAAGCUGCAAGGAGGAGAGGGAGGACCGGAAGGAGGCAAACCUCCCGGUGGUAUGGAAGGAGGUAUGGAAGGAGGCAUGGAUGCUGCAGGAAUGGGCCUGGGUCCACCCAUGUUGGAAGAAGUGGAGUCGGCAUGGCCUACGGACACUAUGUGGCCCACCGAGUGGGCAACAUUGUAUGACACACCCGCCGAGACGGAUCAGUGAGCGAGGAGUAGUCUAGCUAGACGAAAAAUUGCGGAUGCUUUGAUUUGUUGCUUGGGUCUGAUGAGGCAAUGAUUGAUGUGAUGAUGUGAUCUACUUGUACUGUACCGUACUGAGGCGAGUUGGUUUGUGCUGGUGAAAUAAUUGUGUAGUCUUUUAAAAAAUUUAUAGGCGUGGGGACAUGGUAUGACUGUUCUGUAUCUUUCUUCG